UACAUAAAUAUCUUUAAAAGUCAAACAAAUGAUAAUUUUAUUGCAAUUGAUUUGAUUGAAGACAUUAAUUGUUAUUUCAUUAGUGAAUCAAUUAUGAGACAAAUAUAUUGGUUUCUUAUACAUUGACAUCACUCAUAAAUGUUAACCAAAUAAUGAUUAUAUUAAGAAAUUUGAGACCAACUCAUUGUAUAAGAUAUGGAGUAAAAGCAAUACAAAAUCGUCAUUUAAAUUACCGACAGACGACCCGAUCGUUUUUGUCGGACAGGGAUCGGGUCAGAGAUUUCAUAGCAUUAUUGGCGCCACAAGAAAGACAGUUCUUGUACGACGAGUUGCAUAGAUUGCAGCAAAAUGUCAAACAAGACACUAAUAGCGACAACAAUUGUGUCACUUAUCCUUCAUUUCAAGAACUGAGAAAAGUCUUUUUCAAUCAAUCGCUGCCAUUCAUAGGAUUUGGUUUUUUAGAUAAUCUCAUUAUGAUUAUUGCCGGCGACUAUAUUGACGCCACUAUUGGUGUGACAUUAGGAAUCUCAACAAUGGCCGCCGCAGGGCUUGGCAACGCUCUGUCAGACAUUGCCGGCAUUGGAUCAGCUUAUUAUGUGGAACAGUUAGCCACAAGAAUUGGUGUUAAAUCGCCAGAUCUUUCAUUAGCUCAGCUGCAGAUGACUCGCACCCGAUGGUCAAUACAGUUGGGCAGAGCUUUCGGUAUUACAUUGGGUUGUAUUAUAGGAAUGUUUCCGCUAUUGUUUUUACCGACAAAAGCCGAUAAAUCCGGUGAUAAUAAGUCGCGUUAAUUAUUAUUUAUUAAAUUUUCAAUUUAUUUCAAUAAAUUAACACU